AUGAAACAUGAAUACGUGACAACAUCUACCAUAUCGCAUGUAAUAUGGAUUCAAUGGGUUUGUCAACUUUAUGGUAUCUAA